AGGGAGGCAGCAGCGCCGGGUCCUCUCACUACACCUGACUUCUGCGCGUCGCUGUGUGUUGAAACAUGCCGGUUUAAACUCCAAAAGAAAACAACACCUACUUAACCCACCUGCAAUUUUUUUGAGUUUUUAUUUAAAAAAAAUUGAAAUUGAAAAAUGGAAGACCGUGUUGCAACGUGGACCCGCUGAAAUCGGUUUGGUUAAGGGCGAUAACUUUCAAUAUCAAGUCUCCCGAAGGAGUGAAGAAUGGGGUCAUCUACUGCCCUGCUGGCCCUGCUGCUUGUUCUGGGCUUGACCGCUAGUGUAUGGAGUCUGAACCCAGAUGACCCUAAUGUCUGCAGCCAUUGGGAGAGCUACGCCGUGACUGUCCAGGAGUCCUACGCUCACCCAUUUGAUCAGAUCUACUAUACCAGAUGCACAGACAUCCUCAACUGGUUUAAAUGCACAAGGCACAGGAUCAGCUAUAAGACGGCUUACCGGCGGGGAGUAAGGACCAUGUAUAGGCGCCGCUCACAGUGUUGCCCUGGUUACUUUGAGAGCGGAGACUUGUGCGUUCCUCUUUGUACAGAGGAAUGUGUCCAUGGUCGCUGUGUGUCUCCUGAUACAUGCCAGUGUGAGCCUGGAUGGGGCGGACUGGACUGCUCUAGUGCAAACACAGCCAAUGGAACAGGCUGUGAGAGUGACUACUGGGGACCUCAUUGCAGUAAUCGGUGUCAGUGCCAAAAUGGGGCGAAGUGUAACCCCAUUACAGGUGCCUGUGUCUGCACCGAUGGGUUCCAGGGAUGGCGUUGUGAGGAGCCCUGUGAACAUGGUUACUAUGGCAAGGCAUGCCAACUCUCCUGCCAGUGUCUCAAUGGUGCCACCUGCAACUACGAGACAGGAGAGUGCAUCUGUGCACCAGGGUACUCAGGGGCUUUCUGUGGAGAGCGUUGCCCCUCUGGCAGUCACGGACCCCAUUGUGAGCAGCGAUGUCCCUGUCAGAAUGGAGGCACAUGCCACCACAUCACUGGAGAUUGUUCCUGCCCUACUGGGUGGACGGGUUCAGUUUGUGCCCAGCCAUGCCCUCUUGGCAAGUACGGCAUCAAUUGCAGCAAGGACUGUUCCUGUCGUAAUGGUGGACUGUGCGACCACAUCACAGGGCAGUGCCAGUGUGCAGCUGGCUUCAGUGGACGCAGGUGUCAGGAUGAUUGUCCUGUGGGCAGCUUUGGUCCGCAGUGUAACCAGAGGUGCGAGUGUCAGAACGGAGCCAAGUGUCACCAUAUCAAUGGGGCCUGUCUGUGUGAAACAGGCUUUAAAGGCCCCAAUUGUCAAGAGAGAUUCUGUCCUCCAGGCCUUUAUGGCCUCAUCUGUGACAAGUACUGCCCUUGUAAUACCACCAACACCGUGAGCUGCCACCCGCUUUCUGGUGAAUGCACCUGCUCUGCGGGAUGGACAGGGCUUUACUGUAAUGAGACCUGCCCGCCUGGAUACUAUGGACAGGGAUGCAUGCUGCCUUGCAGCUGUACCAAUGGAGCUGACUGCCAUCCUGUCACAGGAGCCUGUGUAUGUGCCCCCGGGUUCAUGGGUGAGGACUGUGCUACAGUGUGUCCUCCUGGUCUAUAUGGCCCAAGCUGCAUGUCCACCUGCUCCUGCCAUAAUCACGCAUCCUGCUCUCCAGUCGACGGCUCCUGUGUCUGCAGGGAAGGAUGGCAGGGUGUGGAUUGUUCCAUCCUCUGUUCCAGUGGUACAUGGGGUCUGGGCUGUAAUCAGACAUGCUUAUGUGCCAAUGGAGCUGCAUGUGACCCUGUUGAUGGCAUCUGUACAUGUUCUCCUGGGUGGAGGGGAGAGCACUGCGAUGAGUCCUGCCCUGAUGGCACCUAUGGGUUGGAGUGCCGUGAGCGCUGUGACUGCAGCCACGCUGAUGGCUGUGAUCCAGUGAGUGGCUACUGUCGCUGCUACCCCGGCUGGACAGGAAUCCACUGUGAUAAUGUGUGCCCACAAGGCUUCUGGGGACCCAACUGUUCAGUCAGCUGCUCCUGUCAGAACGGAGGAUCCUGCUCUCCAGAGGACGGCACAUGUGUGUGUGCACCUGGAUACAGAGGGACCUCCUGCAAAAGAAUCUGCUCUCCGGGGUUCUACGGGCACCGCUGCAGCCAGUCGUGUCCGCAAUGCGUGCACAGCACCGGACCAUGCCAUCAUGUCACGGGCCACUGUGAGUGCCUGUCUGGCUUCUCUGGCUCUCUGUGCAACCAAGUCUGUCCAAGCGGCAGGUAUGGAAGGGUCUGUGCUGAGAUCUGCCUCUGUACCAACAACGGCACCUGCAACCCCAUUGAUGGUUCCUGCCAAUGCUUCCCUGGUUGGAUAGGAGCGGAUUGUUCUCAGGCUUGUCCUUCUGGGCACUGGGGCCCUGAUUGUCUCAACUCGUGUAACUGUCACAACGGAGCCCAGUGCAGUGCCUACGACGGCGAGUGCAGGUGCAGCCCCGGCUGGACUGGACUCUACUGCACACAGCGCUGUCCUUCAGGGUUCUACGGCAGGGACUGCUCUGAAGUCUGCCGCUGCCAAAACGGCGCGGACUGUGACCACAUCACUGGCCAGUGUGCUUGUCGAACAGGCUUUAUCGGGACGAGCUGCGAGCAGAAGUGUCCUGCUGGUACAUUUGGUUAUGGUUGCCAGCAGCUGUGUGAGUGCCUGAACAAUGCUACCUGUGACUAUGUGACUGGAACAUGCUAUUGCAGCCCUGGAUAUAAAGGGAUUCGUUGUGAUCAAGCAGCUCUGAUGAUGGAGGAGCUGAACCCGUACACCAAGAUUAGCCCAGCGCGGGGCUCGGAGCGCCAGUCUGCGGGGGCUGUCAUGGGCAUCAUCUUUCUCCUCCUCAUCAUCAUGGCCAUGCUAAGUCUGUUUGUGUGGUACAGGCAGAGGCAGAGGGAUAAAGGCCAUGAGAUUCAGCCCAGUGUAUCCUACUCACAGGCGAUGCACAUCACCAAUACUGACUACUCCCUGUCAGAGUGUGGCAGUACUGUAGCGAUGAGGACCAGCGCUGCUGAGGUCAAUCAGAGCCAGAACAGCAGCAACAGUGGCCAGUGCUUCUCCAACCCCAGUUACCACACUGUGGCCCAGUGUAAUGUCGUCUCAACCAUAUCCAGCAACCUGGAUGGCACUCUGACCCUUAAAUCAAGCACCUUGAAAAGCAGAAACGGCUCAGAAUGGAGAGCCUACUGCAACCUCAACGAUAUAGAUGUUCAACAGGGGGAAACACAGAUGCAGAGAGGCUCCAGAAAAGAUUACAUCAAGGGCUCCAUGUGCAGCAACAGCUCCUGCUCCCUGAAUAGCGAGAAUCCAUAUGCUACCAUUAGAGACCCUCCAGGGCUGGCUUGCAAACACACAGAGAGCAGCUAUGUGGAGAUGAAGUCGCCCUCCCACCGUGAAGUGCCCUUUGGAGGCACUGCCACCCUCCUGGGCAGUGCGAGCAGAAAUGUCUAUGAUGUUGAGCCAACGGUGAGCGUCCUGCAGGGACCCAAUGGAAUGGCCACCGGCUUCUCCCAGAGCCCCUAUGACCUUCCCCGCAGCAGCCACAUUCCCAGCCACUAUGACAUCCUGCCCAUGCGCCACAGCCCCACGCACACACCCCCGCCACCCCCAGAAAGCCCCAGCUCCCUGCUCUAGAGGGCACAGCCUCCGCCUGACUCUGACAGCCUGUCAGGCAACCCUUCAGCCAACGUUCAACCAACGGCCCUCCCUCUGUCUCUGGAUGUGUUCAAUUAGAUACUGAGAUGUUGAGAUGGAGGGAUAGCCACAGCUCUUCUGGACACUGCUCCCUCACUGACACUCUUUCUGUGGCCCUAAAGGAAGCCGGGGAGGAAAGGGUGUCCCACACACCAGCGACCAUUCACCCAUUUUAUUUUCUUAUAGAACUGAUCACUCAAACUGCUGCCCGGCCUCUUUAUGGACCUCCUGAAGUGGAACAUAAUGGUUCCAAACAGCGCUAAGGGCAGCAUACAGGGAUUGGGUGGACAGAUUAUUUACAGGGAGAGAGCUAUCGUCGCACUCAUUUUUAGCCCAUGGUAUAGGUUUACCAUUCAAGGGCAGCCAAGUGUUUAUAAUGUCCUCUAAACGGAAGUAAUUUUCUCCACAGGAAGGAAGGCAUUGCAUCCUUGACCAUUUCAAAGCAAGUCAAGAUUUACUACAUACAGACGUCAGAGUUUAUGAAUUCUGUGCAGAUGCAGCUGCGGAUCACAGCUCAGCUGGCAUGAAGUGAUUAUGAAAAGUCAAAUAAUAGAGAACUCUCUGUUUCAAAUCUUAAACAUGGAAACUCAGCUGAGAGUGAAUCAUGUCUGAUAAAGCAUGGAUAAAUAGUAAAAUAUUGUAAUGGUUCUUUAUUUACUGUUAAUCCAGUAAUGAUCAAACAGUUAAUACUAAGGUGAUCCCUGUCUGCAACUCAAGAGCUUCUUUUUAAGUUGAAGUGUAAAUGAGGGCCCUGUGUAUCCGGAGAUGCAUUCAGGUCACCAGUGUUCAUGCAUUAAUGCAUUAUUAAGAGAUACACACAUAGAGUAGGUCUCAUAUUUGGAUUUUUUCCCCCCUGAACACUGAGGAAGUGAUCAGAUUUUUGUGUUGUUUUCUAUGUGAAAUGAUUUUUUUUUCUGGCAAACGUCUUAGUUUACAUUUUUGAAAUACUGGGUGUUCAGAAGGGAUUGUUUUGUCCUUUUAUGUUUUGUAUUUCUAAAGCUAAUUGCUUUAUUUAAUAAUUUAUAUUAGUGAUGGUGAAUUUCUAUCAUUGUGACACUAGAAUUAAAAAAGAAAAAGAUGCGCAUGAUCAGAUAAUGGAUACCCACCGAUGUAGAUAACACACAAUUUAUCUUCUUGUGAGAUGAUCAGUGUCAUUUUGUGAACUGUUUUUGAAGUUAUUUAAAAUGUUCUUUCCUUCUCUCUCUGUCAGAUUGUAAAUUGAAAAUAAGGUUUCAUCUGACCAGUUCAAGACCCACAAAUACCCUGUGCAGUAUUUACAAAAAGAACCAUGUGUAAAAAGUCCAGUUCUAAAAUAUUUUAUGUUUGUAUCAGGCUAAUUAACUUAUUUAUAUAUUGAACUGAAUUUAUUCAUUCACUAUGUGAAUUCCAUUUCACCCUCUGUAGAAGCAAUAACAUGUUGACAAUCGAUGCCCAGACAGCAUUUCAUUAGUGCUGGACAUUAUGCCAUCUUUGACCAGUGUGGUGACAGUGGAUCAUAUUUUAUGUGACAGUUUCUCCUCCGAGGAAGACUUUUUCCAGUUGCCGUCAUAUCAAUGCUUCUUGUUGUUUUCGUACUUAAGUUUCAAAUUAAAAGCCAUUCUGCCAUCAAAAA